UGAAAAUUUUUUUUAUAAAAAAAUAAAAAAAAUCAAGUAUAAAAGGCGGAACAUUUUCUAAUUAUGCAUCAGUAGCUUUUUUAAUAAGACAACUCAACAAUGUCAAAGUCAAAAAUUUGUACAAUUUUUAUGGUCUUGUUCUUGGCCCAAGCCGCUUUGGGUAAAUCAGUAGACACUUCGAACUCUGUAGAGUCUUCUGAAGAAACUGUUAAAAAUUUCACACCCAAACAACGUCUUAUCACCUAUAUGGCUAUUAGUAUCAUUGGCAUGGUUCAAGAGUAUUCCGACAAAUGUAUGAAUGUCAGCCGUAGUAUUUUAAAAGAUGAAGAUUUCUUGGCCCACCAUGAGCCCAUGGUUGUAGAAUUCAAAAACAAUUUAACUCAGUUUGUUGAAGCCACCGAAGCCAACAAAGAUAUGGAAAAAAUGUUCGAUUUUGUUGACAUAUUCUCGAACACUACCGAUUUUUAUUAUGAAAUCCCUGAGGAUAAAGUCACUCCCGAACAGAAAUACAUUAUUGAAGUUUUGAACAAACAUCACUAUAAGGACAUUGAAAUUGAAAUGAACAAAUUAUUCGAACCUUUCUCUGAGAAAUUCAUGAAAAUGUUUAAUGAAUACAGAAGCGACUUGGAUAAGCCUAUGUUGGACUGGUAUGAAAGAUAUCAACAAAUCGAAGAUUUUGAAGAAAAAUUGGAGGCAUUUACCGAAUUGACUAAAAUAGUUGAUGAUUAAAAUAUUGGCUAAGCAAAAUUGUUGUAGAAUAAAUAACAAAUAAUAAAUUAAAAAAA